UGUGCGUACUGCAAUUUGCAAUGUGUUCGUAUUAGUCUCGUGUUUACUUAAAUUAAUUAUUUUGUACAUUAUGGCAAAAUUUAUUGAAAGUAAUAGAGGUAAACGUAUGUUAGUGUUUGAUAAUUAUAAAUUUUCGUUUGCAAAUACGAAACUAGACAGAACAACGCGGUGGAAAUGUGUGAUUCGAUCAUGCAGUGUUAAAUUAUACACUAAUGAAAAUGACGAGAUUUUAAAAAAUGUACAUGAUAGUAAUAUUAAUCAUAAUCAUAAUCCAUAUGAAACGAAAAUUAUUGAUCGUCAAAUUAUUAACACAAGUUGUAAACGGAAGGCAACAGAAGACAUAUUUGUUCGUCCAAAAAAAAUUAUUUUUAAAGAAAUUCAACAGAAUAAUUGUUCUGAAUUUAAUGAAACAGACAUAAAGUGUUUACGAAAAAAUUUAUACGAACAUCGUCGGAAAACGCUCCCCGUAAAUCCUACUACUAUUCAAGAAGUACACGAAGCUUUGGACAAUUUAGACGUAAAAACUAUGAACGGUGAGUCAUUUUUGAUAUUAAACGAUUCUGAAAAACAUAUAAUUAUAUUUUCAUGUCAAACAAAUUUGACAUUUAUAAAUGAAGUGGAUACCAUUUAUAUGGAUGGAACUUUUAAAUAUUGUCCACGAUUUUUCUUACAAAUGUUCACUAUCCAUGGAUUGAAGAAUGGCCAUUAUAUUCCUCUUAUUUUUUGUUUACUGCCAGACAAGUCAUUUGAAACAUACUUAUUUACGCUGCGUUAUAUUGUUAAUAAAUGUAAUUUAUUAUUUUCUCCAAAGUUUGUGACAGUUGAUUUUGAAAUAUCAAUACAUAAAGCUAUCGUAGAAAUAUGGCCAGACUCGAAAAUUAUUGGCUGUAGAUUUCAUCUAACCCAAUCUUGGUUUCGUCAAGUCCAAAGCUUAGGAUUGGUUGGUGAAUAUAAAAACGAUCUUUCAGAAAUCGGAAAUUUUAUAAAAUAUACGUUUGGACUGUUAUUUUUGAAUUCAGGAGAUGUAGAAGAUUGUUUUGUCGACGAUUUAAUGGCAAUAUGUCCUGAUGAUGAUAAAUUAAAAUCAUACUGUGAUUAUUUAACAGACACUUAUAUUAGCGAAGAAAGCAUAUUUCCUCCUACUAUUUGGGCAUCAGGCUCUUCGGACUUGACUAGAACUACAAAUGCAUGCGAGUCUUUUCAUUCAUAUUUUAACCAGUGUUUUUACAAAGACUCCCCUCCCAUUAUGUAUUGGUUAAAUAUAAUACACGAAACUUGA